AUGUCGGACACUGUGACAAGAAUCACACAUCAAUCCUAUGGAAAUCGAGUAUCUGCUGCUUGUGGUGCCAUCAUUUUCUGUCCGGUAUUUGUGUACUUGGGAUCCUGGUUGCUGAUAUGGAACGAAGGAUUCUCCAUCAAACAACACAGAGCUCUGACGGAAGGAAGCAAAUUGGUGGUGGAUGUGACGAAUGUAGACGUCAUCAAUCCGUCGUUGGAUCAUUUGCCAAUACAUUUUACUGGAUUAGCAACCACAGAUUCCUCUCCCCUUGUGGAUCCCUUAUUUGGAGUUUCGCCGUCCUCCGAAGGAGCCCUGAAGUUACAACGGCAUGUGGAGAUGUAUCAAUGGACCGAGUCCAGUCAUUCCGAAACCAUCAAGAAUCCCGAUGGAUCCACAGAUACCGUUACUACCUAUACAUACUCCACGGAAUGGGAAGAUCAAGUCAUUUCCUCCGAUAGCUUUGAAACAUCCUCAGGGCAUGAAAAUCCUUCCGGCAUGCGGUUCGACUCGGCAACCUUUACUGCGGACACGAUUCAUGUCGGAGCUUAUCCACUGACCCAAGAGGUUUUGAGUCAAAUGGAUUGGUUCCAACCAAUUUCGCGCGAGUACUUGACUACGGAUGAGAUACCAAAUCAAGAAUUGCAAUCCGAAACCAUUCUCCAUCACAAUUACUUUUACUACUGCUACUCAAGCCCCAGGUGGCCCCACGUGGGGGACACUCGAGUAUCAUUUUCUCAAGUGCCCUCUCAAGUCAUUAGCGUAGUGGCACAGCAAAGCAAUGGUGUGCCGACAAGCUACAGAGCUUCCAAUGGGAAUAGUUUCUUGCUAGUCGAACAAGGAGAAACUAAUACUGAAGUCAUGUUCGAACAUGCCCAUAGGGCUGUUUCCCUUCAAACUUGGCUGCUGCGUCUAUUGGGUUUUGUCAUUAUUUGGAUUGGGUUCAAGUCACUACUGGAGCCGUUGGCCGUAUCGACCAGUUUUAUACCUUGCGUUGGCUACUUGACGGAACGAGUCACCAACAGUGUCAGUUUUCUGCUGGGAUUCUGCGUCUCGAUUCUCAUUAUUGCCGUGGCGUGGUUGGCCUAUCGGCCAGUCUUGUCGGCAUCGCUCAUACUCUUGGCACUCUGUUGUGGAUUCUGUGGAAUGCCUCAUAACGACGAGGAGCCACCAACGAACCAAACUGAAAAAAUGGGUGGAUGGUACGAUGAGAUUCCAACUGCUCAGGCUGUUCCUGUCCAAGAUGACUAUGGUAGAUAUGAUUAUGAUGCGUCGGGAUAUCAACAACGAGAGACAUCCUACUCGAAUAUCACGCCUAUACCCGUCUCUCAUGCUAUGUCGUAUGGGGCAACCGCUCCGCCAAGGAACUUGGCAUUUGGUGCAACGGCCCCGCCAAGUAGUAUGGAAAAGUAA